GUGUUAAAGAUCAUGGAUUAUUCAAAUAAGGAUGGAAUGUUCCGUUCCGUGGAGAAUAGAUCGGUGACGUGGAAAGAUGGGAGGCAACCUGUCGAUGGGAUCACCUACCAACCCAUUUUUGAGAGAGUUUCCUUUGGUGUUCAGAUCGUCAUCUACUCUCUGUCAGGAGUCGGGAUCGUGUUAUCACUCAUCUUCCUCGCACUCAACAUCUAUUACAGGGAGUAUAGAACGAUCAAAAUAUCAAGUCCGAUACUUAACAACCUAAUCUUUAUCGGUUGUCUGAUGCUUUACAUUGCUACCGUCAUUCCUGGGCUCGACUCAUCGUCUUACAGCGAACGUAGUAUCGUCGUUCUGUGUCACGUCCAGACGGGCCUCAUCAGUAUCGGCAUUUCUCUAUCGUUGGGGGCUCUCUUCAGCAAGACUUAUCGUAUCCAUGCAAUUUUCAAGAAAGCCGUGGAAAGACUCAAAAAGAUUAACUUGCCAGAUUCCAAGCUUAUUCUUGGAGUUUGCGCAUUGGUGCUUGCUGACAUAAUUAUCAUCAUGCUUCGAGUAGUGGUCGAUGACGUUCACGUGGCGUCACACUCUUUAAACGCUCAGCUUGAUUCGGCCGACCCGGACAAAGAAUUGUACAUCGUACCGACUGUGCGGACAUGUGAAUCAUCCAAUCAGAUCAUCUUUCAGCUCAUCAUGUACGGUAUCAAGGGUAUCCUUCUCAUGUUUGGUAUCUUCCUGGCCUGGGAAACCAGAGAUGUGACCGUCUCCUAUUUGAAUGAUAGUAAAUACAUUGCGUUCUCCGUAUAUACGAUAGCGGUGACGAUGGCGAUAUCCGUUCCAAUGAUCAACGUGUUCAUGUACCAGAUCGAUGUCUAUUUCAUCAUCUUCAGUUGUGCCAUUCUCUUUGCGAACACUACCGUUCUGUGUCUGGUAUUCGUACCGAAGAUUUGGCCAUUGUGCUGCUGUCAGCUUGGUCAUGGUGACUCUGAUUCGAGUCAAAUGACGCUGAGCUCUAGUCAUAUGACGCAGAAAUCUUCUCGUGGGAUAAAGAAAACUGAAAAGUCAUCCAAGGCUCCGUCAUCCCACCAUGCCUUUCAUUUCCGUUCUGCCGACGAGGGAAUAAAUCAGCUUACGGAGGAAUUGGAAAAGAAACGACAAGAACUGACAGCCCUUCGAAUUGAGUAUGAACGACUCUCUUCAGUGGUCUCUUAAGAUUGCGAGGGAUAACAUAGAAUUAUGUUAUAAUAGCGGAUGUACUAACCAAUCCCAUCAUGCAACAUUUGCAUCAUCCCAUUAUCGAUAAUUACGUCAU